AUGAGACGCACGCGGGGGGAAAGCCUGCUCGUGAAAUUGGGGAAUUGCCCCACCCCGGACACGACUAGCAGUAGCGAUAGCAGUGGCGAGUGCAGCGACGAUUGCAAUGGCAAACGCAGCGCCUCCGCGGCACCACUGCAUGAGGAGGCCGAGCGCACCUUGGUGAGGAAUUACCUCCAAGGGGUGAAAAAAAAUAAAGAGAAAAACCAACUUUACCACUUCAAAAAAUACUUAGCAGAAAGUAACGUCUUCUUUCUAUUCGUCCAUUUGUUUGUGAAGCUGAUUCGGAACAGGGACACAGUGGAAAACCCCUACGACUACGUCAAGAAGUUCUUCGGAAAGAGAAGGCACACCUCAGCGGAUGACGCUCCUCGGAGAAAUUUAAUCAAAGAAAAUAAAAAAUAUAGAGCAGAGAAUGAGAAGCUGGUUGGAAAAAUAAACGAGCUGCUUGUCCAGGUGGAACACCUGCGCAAGAGAGACAACUGCAAUUUUAUUGCAAACUGGUUUUUCAAAAAAGGAGAUGAGCGACGUGGCUCGUCUGAUCUGUUUGGGAAGGAGUUUAUAGGAAGUCCUCAUAAUGGGGAAAAUGACCCAAGUGUACAAAUCAUCCGGAACAACCCGAACGGGCUGCAUUCCCACGGAGAGUAUAUGGAACCCCCCCACUUUGUAUUCACUCGAGACACGUUUUACCUCUUUCUGACUUUCCUGGACGACUCCACCAGAACACAACUUCGUGAGGUACUGACGGGGGGGCCCACCCAUGCGGGGAGAUCUGCCCUGUGCGAGGGGCUACACAAGGGGUUGUCUCUGUUUGUAAAUAACUACUUGUCUUUGGAGCGGGUGGGCGAGAAGGGGGUUCACAAAUCCAACAGGGGGAAGCAUCUGGGCGAGCGAAUGGAUCCCACACUCCGCUAUCAAGCUCCCAACAGUGCGAGUUCAAAGUGA